UAUGAUUAUAGAAUUAACACUAAAAUCAGAUUCAGCAUAAUCCUUACAAAGAAAUUCAUAAAUUUUAAAAAUAGUUCGUGUAGUACGUUUUAUAAAAAUACUGCGAUUAAUCAGGGCUCUAAAGUUAAAGAAAUACAUAAAUCAAUUGGAAGAUUAGUUGAUGAUGGCAAAAUCCUUUAUUUCUUUCUUAGCUUUUCUAAAGAUUUGUUUACUUAUAUUAUGCUUGGCUCAUUGGCUAGCUUGUAUAUGGAACUUAAUUCGGAUCAUUGAAAAUGCCGAUCAAAAUUGGUAUACAAGAUAUUAGGAAUUCUAAUUAGAAAAUUAUAUUGCCUAUUAGGAUACAAACUAUUGGGUAUCAUAAUAUUUAGUGGCUAUAUAUUUUUCUGUAACAACUAUGAUUACCAUAGGAUAUGGCGAUAUUUAUCCUAUAACAACAAUAGAAAGAUCUUUUGGUGUUAUUGUUAUGAUAUUUUCAUCAGGUUUAUUUGGAUAUGUAAUGAAUUCGAUAGUUUUACUUUUCGAAAAUUAAGAAGAGAGUGUAGUAGAGUUAUUAUAAUAGUAAGAAAAUAUAUUCUUAUAUCUAAAAUAAAAGAGAGUUAGUAAAUAGUUAGUGGCAAGAAUAAAAAAUUACUUAGAAUGGCUAUAAAAAUAAGAGUAAAUAUAACAUAGUUAUGAAUAAUAAGUUCUUAUAAAUUUAUCAGAAAAUUUAAGAAGAGAAAUUUUAAAAUUAAUUCAUCAGAAAAUAACUUAAUCUUGUUUAUUCUUUUCUUAAAACUUUUCUUUGCAGUUAUUAUAGAAACUUGUUUAUUAUUUCAAAGAAUAAACUUUUAGCCCUGAGGAUAUUAUACUAUAAUAAGGAGAUAUUGAGAAUAAAUAAAUCUAUUACAUUCUUAAUGGAAGUGUUAGAAUUGAAAAUAUUUAGUAUGAAUUAAAAAAGAAAGAAUAUUUUGGAGAAAUUGGAUUUUUCGCAAAUGUUCCAAGAUGUUCAACAAUUGUAGCUACUAAUUUUAUUAAUCUAUUAACAUUAUGUAGAAGCAAAUUCCUUCAAUUAUUAUCACCAGAAGAUAUGGAAAAAUAUUUUGAAAUUAAAUUCUAAAUAGAAAUAGAAUAAGAUGUUAGUUCUCUAAAAUUGAGAUGUUAUUUGUGUUAAGAAAACAAUCACAUUGCAACUUAAUGCCCUUUUUCUCAUUUCAUAAUUUAAAAAUAUGAUAGGAUCACAAUUAUUCAAAAAUUUUAAAGUAAAUGUAAAAAGAAGAGAAAUAAUAGAUAAAAAGAAAAAAGUCUCUUAUUAUUAAGAAAUGAGAAAUAUCUAAAGGCUUAAUAUAAAAUUGAUAAGGAUAUGUUGAAUAUAGAAUAUUUUUUAAAUAAAAAAAAACAAAUGACUAAAUUUAAAUUGGCACAAAAAGUUUUAAGAGAUAAAUAAAUUAAAGAUUCUUUUGUAGGUGAAUGUCUGAAAGAAUAUACAAGAUUUACUCCAAAAUGUAACAUUGGGACUAUUAUAUCAAUUGUUAAUAGUAAGGCAGAAGUUAAUUAAAAAGUAUUAGAAAAUAAGAGAGAGGAAGAAAGAAAAUAAAGAACAAAAGAGAGUGCUGAGAAGUUUAUUAAAAUGUUGUAGAUGAAGAAGCAAAAUUAAAUGAAAUUGAAUAUUUAAAAGUAAAAUAAGAGUAGAUUAUCUAUUGAUAAUAUAUUAAAAUUUGCUUAAAGAGAAUUGGCAAGAAAACCUUCAUAGAAUGAUGAAAAUAGAAGGAGACUUUUAUAUGUUUAAGAGAAGAGAUAAAAGAAUACAAAGAGUUUUAAUUCUUUUGAAUCAGGAGGUAAAAUUUAAUUGACUUAUCCUGCAAUUCCUGAUGAUGCUUUUGAAAGUCCAGUUUAGGAACUUAAGUAUUUUCGUAAAACAUUUAAAAGUUCACGUGCUUCUACAAAUGUAAGUAUAAUUGAAGAACAUUAUGCUUAUCCUGAUGUAUAUUAAACUAUUACUAAAAGAAGUUCAAGUCAUGAAAAAAGUGUUGCUUAUAAUUCUUACUUUUAUUCUACUACUUGUCUAGAGAAUAUGAUAUAUAUAGUGAUAAAUCACAAAUUAUAAGGUUAAAAAUGAG